UCACCGGAAGUGUAGCGUGUGCAACGCGGUAAUGUGUCCCCCGUGAGCCAAUGUGAAAUCUGUCCGCGAUGGCAGCCCCGGUUUGUGUCAGAUUAUUUCUCCGCGGAUCUCACUGCGGCUUUCGGUUAUGUUCCACAACUCUCCGGAGAUCCACGAGUCCGGUUCUCACCCGUAGUCACAGGCUCGGCCCGGCGGACGAUGAGAUGUACCAGCGCACCACAGUGACGGUGAUGCAGAAGGAGCCGGAGAGCGGACCCAUCAUCUACAGCUACAGCUCACAAGGCUUCAACGUUGACGGGAACAAAGUGAUCGGACCCUGCGCUGUCGUCCCUCCGGCUAUCCUACAGUGGAACGUGGGAAGUCAUCAAGACAUAACAGUGGAGAGUUUGUCUCUGUUCUAUCUGCUGGAGCCACGCAUAGAGGUUUUGGUUCUGGGUACAGGGGCCCGUACAGAGCGUUUGGACCCCAACGUUCUCUCCUUCAUCAGGAAGAAAGGCAUCGCAGUGGAGGUGCAGGACACGCCCAACGCCUGCGCCACCUUCAACUUCCUGACCAGCGAGAGACGAAUCACAGCAGCCGCUUUGAUCCCGCCCCCUUGGCCGACUGCGGCAACAUCAGAGUGACGUCUGUGUGUGUGUGUGUGUGUGUGUGUGUGUGUGUGUGUGUGUGUGGUACUCUAAUACUGUGUACAAUAAAAGUGUUUUUGAAUA